UGCUUGACAACGCAGUCACCAAUGACCGUGAGGUUCAUUCUCAUACAAGAAAGAGGUCGACUUCAAACAUCACUCAAAGCAACCUGUGCCCGCAAGACUGUGGUCUUGGAUCGACAUAAAGACAAGCUAUAGCUAGUUGUCUAGUGGCAAACCUGCUUUGCAACGAGGUAAUAUCGAAUUGAGAUCAACUCACUUGACCUUGUCCCAGUGAAGAAGCCAUCAAUCUGCUGGAGGCUGUAUAUAUUUUUCCCUGAUGAAUUCUCCUCUGUCCUGACAUUCGGUUGACAUGGGAGACUGGUGGACGACAGAAAUAAUGGAGCCGUCUUUAGGUAAUGGAUGCACUUCGGAACACCAUGACCUCUCAAGGAUAUCUCGGGUAACAAUGUCCCCCUCGAGGCAGAACAACCAUCCUGAGAUGCACUCCUCCAUGCCGCUGUCCAAGAGCUCCUACAAUGUCCUGAAUGCCUUCUGUACUGAGGAUAAUGUCUCCCAAUGCACCUCCUACAUAAAUCAGGAGAUGAGCUCACUGGGCCUCCCUUUGAUGUGCGACGAUGCCUGCUCAGUGGAGGGGACGGGCCGGCAGAGCACCGUGGCAGCCCUGAAUGUCAUGUAUGAGCUGCUGCAGAAGCACCGCCGCAGUCAGCUCUGCUUGCAGGAGCUGGAGACAGAGCAGGUCAAGAUCAGCGGCACCCUGGAACACCUUCAGAUCAGCAACUGCAGACUCAAGGAUCAGUUGGAGUUCUCCAGAAGGGAGAAUUCUGGACUACACGAGACAGAGAGGCAGCUACAGCUCAAAAUCAAGACUUUGCAGAAUUGCCUGAAAACGGAGAAAGAAGAGGUUCAGAAGCUUCAGGCCAUCAUCACCAGCCGUGCGUCUCAGUACAGCCACAAUGCCAAGAGGAAGGAGAGGGAGUUGAGCAAGCUUAAGGAACGCCUAAGCCAGCUACUGGUGGACAAAAGAGAUAAGAAAAUAACAAUUGAUGUGUUAAACUACUUGGGACGGUCUGAUGGAAAAAGAAGCCAAUGGAAGACAGGAAAGAUGGAGGCCAGACAUGAGGGAGAGAUGUACAAGUCCCUGCUGAGUGAGUAUGAGGAGCGUCAGAGGGCCCUGAUGCUGGAGAACGCCGAGCUGAAGAAAGUGCUCCAGCAGAUGAAGAAGGAGAUGGUGUCCAUCCUGAGCCCCAAGAAACCCUCCAGGGGAGCCAGAGCCGAGGACAGUCUGGAGCAGGCCUACUCGGACAAGGAGGAGGAGAUGGCUUGGGACUCCAGCAGGGAACCCCUGGACCAGUCGUGUGAGCACGCUCGGGAGCAGCUCACCAACAGCAUCCGCCAGCAGUGGAGGAGACUGAAGAACCACAUGGAGAGACUGGACAGCCAAGCGUCCUUGGUGCAGUCUCAGCAGGGUGCUGGUGAAGAGCUCGUCUCUAGAGAGAUCCACGAGGAGGAGAUGGAGAGGAUGAGACUGGAGAUGCAGCAGUGCAAAGACUUUAUCCAGACCCAGCAGCAGCUCUUACAGCAACAGCUCUUUUCUCCAUACGACGACGAGACUGCUGCGAUGCUGAACGACGGCUACACACUGGAGGAGAAGGAGAGACUCAAGGAGGAGUGGAAGCUCUUUGAAGAGCAGAAGAGAAACUUUGAGAGGGAGAGAAAGAGCUUUACAGAUGCUGCUAUCCGCUUGGGCCAUGAGAAAAAGUCUUUUGAGGAGGAUCGUGCCUCUUGGCUGAAGAAUCAGUUUUUUAACAUGACUCCUUUUGUGGACUGCAAGAGACAUUCUAUGUCUGACAACCAAAGUGCCUUAUCAAUCCGCAGUGAACCAGAGAUGAGGAGAUUACCCUCCACUCCAGCCCAGCAGGCCAAAUCACAGACGUAUGCUGUUUUUUCCACUCCAAAGGGUGUGCCGCAUGGCAGUGGCAUGCCAUCCACAGCUGAUCUGUACCGCACACUCCGCCUCAUCCCUAAGAGCAGUUCCUCCAGAUCCCAGUCAAAGCGGGGGAGCUGGCAAGAGUCAAACACCACACAGGGUGGAGAUAGUCCGGUCAGGGCCAGGCAAAGACAUGGAGAUGAAGAUUACAGUAUGUUUUCUUUUGAUGGAGAUCAGAGAAGCCUCAACUAAAGAACAUACAGUGCCAUUGCUUUGGACCCCUCUCAACAGAUGGCCUAGUUCUGCUGUCGUCAACACUGCCUUAGGAUGCCACAGACACUUUUUUUUUUUUUAUCAUGGAUGAUGUACCUGUGACUGAUCCUUUUCUAGAAAAUGAUUUAGACAGCACUUUUAUGUCAGUAAUUAUUAAGCCAUUGCCAAGUCUAGAAGAAUGUUAGAAUUGUAUGUUAUGGCAGUAGCCAUGGCCUAUUUGUGGAUGAUUGGGGAUAAUUGUCACUACGUAUUUUUACAAUCUUGAUAGCUAGGUGGGGGUUAUGUGAAAGUUUACAUAUUUUCUUCACUCCAGAUGAAUGGAUAAUUUUUGGUACGAGAACUAUAGUUUCAGAUUAAAGAUGAUAUGCUGCUUUCACAGUGCAAUAAAGUAUUUUUUGUCUUUUCA